CUCCACACUGCCGACAUUAUUUUGUAGUCGGCCUAGAUCUCCGACAAGCAAAAGUGUUGUGGUUGUAAUUUAUGUUGCAGUAACCGACCAGAAAAGACACCAUGGGUUUCGUAACAUGUGGGCCAAACGAAGUGAUGGUUUUGAGUGGAUGUUGCCAUGCACGAUCUGUGUUUAUUCCUGGUGGCAGAGUUUUCGUAUGGCCAAUGAUCCAGAAAUUACAAAGAUUAUCGUUAAAUGUGCUGACCUUAGUUAUUGAAAGUGCUCAUGUAUACACACAGUUAGGGGUAGCAAUAUCUGUUACUGGCAUAGCACAGGUAAGAAUACAAGGAUCCAACGAUGAAAUGCUGCGCUCUGCUUGUGAACUUUUCUUGGGCAAAUCCGAAUCUGAAAUACAGAAAAUUGCUCAAGAAACAUUAGAAGGUCAUCAAAGAGCCAUGAUGGGUAACAUGACCGUAGAAGAAAUCUAUAAAGAUAGAAAGAAGUUCUCAAAGGCUGUAUUUGAAGUUGCAUCAUCAGAUUUGGUUAAUAUGGGUAUAACUGUUGUCAGUUACACAUUAAAGGAUAUCCGUGAUGAGGAGGGAUAUCUUAAAUCUUUGGGUAUGGCUCGUACUGCCCAAGUUAAAAGAGAUGCCAGAAUAGGUGAAGCAGAGGCCCGUAAGGAUUCUGGUAUUAAGGAAGCCAUAGCUGAGGAGAAACGUAUGGCUGCACGUUAUGCCAAUGAUAUUGAGAUUGCUAAAGCCCAGAGAGAUUUCCACUUAAAAAAAGCUGCUUAUGAUCAGGAAGUACACACUAUGAAAGCAUCUGCUGAAAUGGCCUAUGAACUACAGGCUGCUAAAACUAAACAAAAAAUUCAAGAAGAACAGAUGCAAAUUACCGUCGUUGAAAGAACUCAGAUGAUUCAAGUACAGGAUCAAGAAAUUGUUAGACGUGAAAGGGAAUUGGAAGCUCAAGUUCGCAAGCCUGCCGAAGCAGAAAAAUACCGCAUGGAAAAAAUUGCCGAGGCUAACCGAGCUAAAAUUGUUAUGGAGGCUCAGGCUGAAGCGGAGGCUAUUCAGUUGAAAGGUGAAGCUGAAGCCUAUGCUAUUGAAGCAAAAGCUAAAGCUGAAGCUGAACAGAUGGCAAAGAAGGCCGAUGCCUGGAAGGAUUACCAAGAUGCUGCUAUGAUUGAUAUGGUUUUAGAAACACUGCCUAAGGUUGCUUCCGAGAUUUCUGGUCCAUUGACCAAUUGCAAAAAGGUUACCAUGGUGUCCAGUGGUAAAGGAGAGGUCGGAGCAUUGAAAUUAACCAAUGAAGUGAUGACGAUUAUGGAGAAACUACCAAGUGUUGUUGAGAAUCUAACAGGAAUCAACAUUCAGAAAACGAUGAAAAUCUCACAAAGACAUUAACAUGUAUGUCUACCACUUUUAUACAAGAAAAUGAUUUUUUUAAACUUAAAACAUUUAACCAUAUGUUCUUGUAUAUUGAGAUUUUAUGUUCGAAUAUUUAUCUCUCAUGGUGUUUUAUAACUUUAAAAAUAAUGGUAUUUUUUCUUCAUUUUUAUACAGUGGUUCUAAUCAAAUGUUUAAAUUGUCCUGUAGUGUUUUCUAUUGUAUAUAAAAUGUGUUGUGAAUGAUAUUCAUAUUUUCAUUAGUAUAGAUCUAGUGUUCUCAUCUUGUCAUUAAUUUAGUCAGUCUGUUCUUGCAUUCUCUCAAAAAGGAUGAUACACAAUAAGUGAAUUUGACCCUGGGUUAGUUUUUAAAUUUGCCUUAUGCUCAAAUUAUUUCUGGUCAUCUCGUCAAUGCAAUCUCUGAUUUUUCAUUAUAGGAAUUUAAUGUAUAAUGUGAUGAACAGUGCCACUAGUCUAAAGCAUAAUUUGUGGAAUGUCAUUAAAAAAAAAAAAAUCAGAUUUGGAUAAUGAUCAGUUAAACACAACUUUUACACAAGUUGUUGGAAAAUGUAAAUUGUUUCCAUACAAAUUUCUUUAUCUCAUUUCAAAAGUUUACGACAAUCAAAGCUCUAGCUGUCUUUGCCGAAAUUACAAAUUUUUCCUAUAAUCAUUAUCAAGUAUUUUUCUUUUAAAACACAACAUCAAAUUAUUGAUUAUUCAUACAUUAUUAUUAUUAAUUUGUACAUUUGUUCAUAUUUUUUUUUAUUAUUUUAAUUUAUGUUUUACUUCAGCUCAUAAUUUUAUAUGCUUCAAAUUUAUCAAACACUUUUAUGCUCAGUAAGAAUUUUUUGAAAACGUUGUUUGUUCUGUCGUGGAGAAUACAGGUAUAUUUCACCGUAAUUCUUUAUAAGAUUCUUAAAUUGAAAUAAGCCAUGAUACAAAGUUUUGAGUUCCAAAGGAGGCUAAGCAGAAAGAGAUGGGCAGGGUGGUGUUACACUUUUGACAUCUACUUUAACACAAAAAAGGUGCACCAUCUGCUUCGAUAAGUUGUAUGCUGUUCAGAAUAUACCUUACUGUAACUUUUAUAAAUCAUAUCUUUAUUGUACUUUUGGUCACAUACUCAGUAUCUGAAUAAUCCAAUUCGCUGCAAAGAAAAUCUGAUAGCAUACUCUUGCCAUGAUUUUUUUUUUGCAAUAAUUACCUUUUUAAAACUCUGCCUGUAUUAGACUUAGAGAUUAUAAAGAUAUAUUAGGCUGUAAUUGAUUUAAUUAUUGUGUAAAACUAUUUUAUGUUCUAUAUCUUCAGUAUUAUUAACAUCAUAUUUUAGUUGUUAAUAUUUGGUUAUUAUUUUACAACCUAAGCAUUUUUAAUAACCAAUUGUCAUAUUUGUAUAAGUUCAUGUUAGUACAUUAAAAUAUAAGCUCCUUAAAAUUA